AUGCCAUCUCCAUUCGACGCCCUGGUAACUCCGACCGCCCUCUCUCCUACAGACGUCAAUGUGGGUGCUAUGCACCCUAACCCAAUCCAAGAGACCCACACUGCCCGUGUGUCAAUCUUGGCCCAUGGAGACCAAAGUAUGGCUCUUGAUCCCAUCGACCAGCUCAACCGCCUCAACCUUUUCGAACUCAUCCCCAAUAUUCGCACAAAAGACGAAAUUAUCCGAGCCCUACAAUCCGAGAACAAACAAGUAAAGGCGGAGAACAAGCAAUUGGGCGCAGAUGUCAGGCGCUUGAAGAAUAUCAGCGAGCAGCGGAAGGACGCUCUGUUAAAGUGCGGAGAGGAGAUGGAUGCUAUGAACAACCGACUUUUCAAACUGUUGAAGGUUGAGACCCAAUUGAAGAAGCUUCAAAAGGUUGUCGGCGAGGCUCUUGAGCCCGUCGGGGAGAAUAGGGGUGAAGAUAUAGUGGAGAAUUCGGGAGAGGGGGGAGAGGCCAAAGGACCUCAGGGAAAGAGGGGCAAGGGAAAAGGAGCAAAGAGGGAGGUUGAGAAUGAAGAUGAGGAAAUAGAAGGUUUUGGACCGAAUAAGGGUGCUAGAGUUGCUGAAUAA